CUUCCUUUUAGCUUGUGUAGUAGUAUUUGGGUUCAGAUCGUUACUCCUUAAAGCCCUAAAAAUAACUCUUUGAAAAAAAAAAGAAGAAGAAGAGAAAAGCCUGGAGCAAAGAGCACUAGAACACGAAGCAAGCUGAACAAAGAAGAUGAAAUCUGUUGGGUUAUUUCAUAGAUUAAGCACAAUUCACAGACAAAUCCCAGCUUCUCCAGCCGUUAAAUUUCUCAAGCAUUCCUACAAUUUAGAUCAGACGCAACCCAUGUGUAUUUUCUCAGAGGAACCAGAACUGAAGGAGUUUAUAGAUUUUAUUGACAACCUCAAGAACUAUGAAAAGGCUGGUGUCCCUAAAGGCGCAGGAACUGACUCUGAUGAUGGGUUCGAUCUUGGAAGGAUGAGGCGGCUAAUGCAACUUCUGGGUAAUCCUCAGUGCAAUUUUAAGGCUGUUCACGUUGCUGGGACAAAGGGAAAAGGGUCAACGGCUGCAUUCCUCUCCAGCAUUUUACGGGCACAAGGGUAUUCAGUCGGUUGCUAUACUAGUCCACAUAUACGAACUAUCAGGGAACGCAUAACACUGGGUGCAUCAGGAGACCCUAUACCUGCAAAGACAUUGAAUCAUCAUUUCCAAAGUUUGAGGAUGGUUCUUGAAAAAGCAAUAGAACUUGAAAAUGGUUGUCUUAGUCAUUUUGAAGUUCUCACAGCUGUGGCAUACAGCCUAUUUGCUCGAGAGAGUGUUGAUAUCGCAGUUAUUGAGGCAGGACUAGGUGGAGCACGUGAUGCAACUAAUGUAAUUCCAAGGUCUACUCUUGCUGCUUCAAUCAUAACAUCAAUUGGUGAGGAACAUCUGGAUGCACUUGGAGGUUCCUUGGAAAGUAUUGCAGUUGCAAAAUCAGGAAUUAUUAAAGAUGGGCGACCAUUGGUUCUAGGUGGGCCAUUCCUUCCACAUAUUGAGCGUAUUCUUCGUGAUAAAGCAUGCUCCAUGUCUUCUCCUGUUGUGUCAGCAUCUGAUACUGGAAAUAGAAGUACUCUCAAAAGCCUUGACAGAAUGAGCGGCAGACCUUUCCAAUAUUGUGACUUGGUGCUUCAGAUUGAGAAAGAUCUUCAGUUGUUUAUUGAAUUAUUCAAUGUUAAGCUAUCCAUGCUUGGUCAUCACCAACUUAAAAACGCUUCAACUGCCACUUGUGCCGCACUAUGUCUUCGUGGUCAAGGAUGGGAAUUAUCAGAUGAAUCUAUUCGUGCUGGUCUAGAAAAUGCAUUUUUGAUUGGAAGAAGCCAAAUUUUGAUACAAAAUGAAGCUGAGAGGUUAGGACUAUCAGGAGCAACCAUACUGCUCGAUGGAGCUCACACCAAGGAAUCUGCUAGAGCUUUAGCCAACACCAUCGAGAUGGCAUUUCCGAAAGCAAGAUUAGUUCUAGUUGUUGCCAUGGCAAAUGACAAAGAUCAUUUGGGUUUUGCAAAAGAACUGCUUUCAGCUAGAUAUCUGGAGGCUGUGUUUUUUGCUGAAGCCAGCAUUGCUGGAGAAAAAUCUCGAACAGCAUCAGCAUCCUCAUUACGAGGCUCUUGGACCCAAGCAUCAAGGGAGCUGGGAAUUGAUAUUCGGGAUUACGUUAAUGAACCUGAGGUUAAGGAUCUAAAUCUUAAUCACGCUGAGAGAUCAGAACGCCAGCCCAUAUUAUUUGCUGAGGGAUCCUUAAUGGCCUCUAUCAAAGCUGGAGGUCAGAUGCUUGGGCCUGGUUCUGGAUGUCAAACUGGAGUCAUUGUAGUUACUGGAUCUCUGCAUAUUGUAGCAGCCGUGCUGGGCUCUCGACAGGGAUAAAGACAUUUAUUUGUCAUGAAUCAUGAAUAACUGACUGACUUUGUGUUA